AAAGCAGCGCCUAGCUAGCUAUUUGCUGCUUCCUCAGACAUUCAAACCCCUUAGAUCAUGAUAUAAAUAUAUAUAUAAUAUCCUAGAGAGAAAAACAAGCCCCCAAAAACUAUAUAAUAUAAUAUAUGGUAACUUUUUUCAAUGCACAUAUAAUAUAUAAUAUAUAUAGAAGAGUCACUAUUAUAUCAAUUGUAACUCACUUAUGUCAUGUUUGGAAUUUGCCUAUUGGUUUAUUUUUUCAACCCUUCUUUUCGUCUUUAAUUAUACACACACUCAGCUACCACUUUCUCACUUUAAUUUUCUAGCUAUAGUUCUCUUCGUUUUUAAUUUCAGAUCUACCUUACUGAAACAUCAUUAUCUUAUAUAAGGUAUUGAAGAUCGAAUUAGAAGAAAGGCUUCAUGCAUUUGUAUUAUUAUUAUUAAGUCAGUUUUAUUAUUAUUUGUAUUUAUUGUGAAGCUUUUGUUUGAGAGUAUUAAGACUAUUAUUACUACGUUGUACUAAAAAAACACAAAUGUCGGGGUUGGAAUCAGCUGGACCAGGUUCUCGUUACAAUAUCCACCAACUCCUUGGACCGGCCGAUCUUCAACUCAAUGAUUCAAACCUUAACAACUCACCCACCGGUAAUAACGACCAACCCUCCUCCGACGCACCAACCACAAGCUCAGGCGGCGGUGGCUCCUCCGGAAGGCGGCCACGGGGUCGUCCUUCCGGCUCCAAGAACAAGCCGAAGCCACCGAUAUUCAUAACUAGGGACAGUCCUAACGCUCUCAGAUCCCACGUCCUGGAAAUCUCAGCUGGCUCCGACGUCGUUGAGGCCGUGUCUAGCUACGCUCGCCGCCGUGGGAGAGGCGUCUGUAUCCUCAGCGGCACCGGAGCUGUCACUAAUGUCACCUUACGUCAGCCCUCGGCUUCUGGAGGAGUGAUAACGCUCCACGGCCGGUUCGAGAUUCUUUCGUUGACCGGAACUUCUCUGCCGCCGCCGGCUCCUCCGGGGGCAGGUGGGCUGACUAUAUACUUGAGCGGCGGGCAAGGGCAGGUGGUCGGGGGAAGCGUGGCAGGGCCCUUAUCAGCUUCUGGGCCGGUGGUUUUGAUGGCGGCUUCGUUUGCUAACGCGGUGUUUGACCGGUUGCCUCUGCCGGAGGAGGUGGAGGAGUCUACGGUGCCGACCACUUCGCAAUCGUCGGGGGUGACAGGUGGCGGUGCCGCCGGCGGAGGAGGAGGUGGCGCUGUCCCUUUCUACAAUUUACAAGGGAAUUAUAGUAGUACUAACAGUGCCCUAAUUCCUGGUGAUCAACAAGGGUUUGGUUGGGGUGGCAAUAUUAAUACUACUACUUCCUCAAGGUCACAAUUUUAG